CAAACUAUUUCUAAGCAGCAGCACCGAGCCACUGCAGUGAUGUUUUCAUGUCCAAGCGGAGACUUCUACAGGACAUACUGCCAAGAAAGACAAAAAGGAGGUAGUGGACUCGAUCUGUCUGCAUUUACAUAAAGGAACGACGUUUUAGCUUUAUUUCACGCUGGCCUUAACUCAAUGAAAACAAAGAAGCCCCCCUACCUGGAUACCACCAGAGAACUAAGUGGAUUGAAGAAGGCAGAGAGCAAGCAAGGGAUGAAGAGAGGGAGGGAAGACAGAAGGGAUUAGGAGCUAAUCCUGCACAUGCCCAAUCCUGGAGGAGCCUUAUCUUUUCUUCGUGGACGAUGCAGACAGAAUAGUUGCUCGGAUUACAGCACUUUGCUUUAUUGCCUGUUUGAAGAAAGCAUUAGCCCCUUUUUUCUUUGCUCUGUUUGUUUUCAUUGCCUCCCAGAGGUCUGGCAUCCUGGGGGUGGUGGGACUGCUGAACGGCUGCUGAACCCUAAAACACAGGGGAAAGGGGAGCUGCAGGCCUGGGACGUCAGAGAGGAGAGAGCAGCAACAGGAUGCCCAGUGGACAGUGUGAUGCCUCACAUGGGUAAACCUCUUUAGUGUGAGACAGUGCCCCCCCUCGCUCUCUGUGCUUGGCCCUCGAGGAAGACCAGCGCAGACCAGCUUACUGGGUGAAACACACAAGAUCCUCUGAGACCUGGAGAACUGUUAAGCACGUGCAGAAAGGACUCGCCAUCUACUGCCAGUAAGCAACAACCUGGAGAUACCUCCUGUGAUGAUUUUCAGAUGUAUUGUGAACUACAGUGUCAAGUAAGAGAGCAUUUCUUUUAAAGUGGAAGAUUAUUCAAGAUAUUUCUGAAACUUUUUGAAGCUUAAAGAAGAAGAAGUGGACCCUGCAUUGGAUUCCAAACUUGGACUGGCAUGCAACUGGAGGUCCUGAUUUGAAUUAAAGGGACAUUGCCACCAUUUCUGUUGCUGUUGUUGUUGUUGUUGCCACCAUGAGUCUGGGAAAACUGCCAGGGAUUAAGGGCCUAGUGUCCGGCUCUCAGGGGAAACGUCGUUUCAAGAGCGACCUCUCUGUGGACAUGAUCAGCCCGCCGCUGGGCGACUUCCGGCACACUAUGCAUGUAGGCCGCGGCGGAGACGUGUUCGGUGACACUUCCUUCCUGAGCAACCAUGGGGGCAACGGGGAGCCAGGAAGUCCGGACUCAGCAAACAGCUCCAAGACAACCGGCUUUUUCACACGCACCUUGCGGCACGUGCGGAAGAACUCGGGGCCAUGUCCGCGAGUUGACUCUCGUGAGUUCUCGCCCCCGCCGCCGGAGAUCUCGCCCAUCAUCAAGAAUGCCAUCUCCCUGCCCCAGCUGAAUGUGGACUCUUCCAACGGCUGCCUACAGAGGGUGCUGUUCCCCAGCUCCGUCAGUUCACCAGAGAACUCCUUCUACGCAUACGGCCUGCAGUCUGGUUUUGUCACCCUGCCCCGCCACUCCCGUCUUGACAGACAGCUUCAAGACGGAGACAUCCGGCGGGGGUCUUUACCAGACAGCAGUGGUAUUACGCUGACACGCUCGGACUCCCUCACCUCAUUCACUGUAGACCUCGGUCCUUCCCUCAUGACUGAGGUGUUGAGCUUGAUCGACAACCCCAGCUGCCUUCAGGUGUCCAAUCACAGCCAGGCUGAGAGGGAAGGAGAGGAUGGGGAGGAGGAAGAGAUGAGCUCUGUCAUUGAGAUGCCCAUGGACAGCCCUGGGCUGAGCUCACCCAACCCUUCCAUGAGCAGCAUGUCAUUAAGAGGGAACAUGAACAACAGGGGGCGCUCUUGUAGCCCAGACUGGUCAGAGCAAGAGGAGGACAGAAGGUCUGUGAGGACACCAGAUACAUCCAUUGGGUCUCCUCAGAGAGUGGAACCAGUAAUGGAGGCUGAAAGGUUCCAGAGGGCAGCUGACGUCCUGUCCCGUCAUUACGGCGGUGGGUCCUUCACACAGGGCAGGAGUCAGCGCAACAUCAUCACCUCACCAGAUUUCUCUCACAGCCACAAAACACCGUACGCCUUCUCUGAGGAGGAGGAAGAGAUCAAAGUCUAGACAUUACCAGUUUGUGCAAAACCGAGCAAAACCCUUUUGGGCCCUGUAAACACAUACAAACAAUCAGUGACCUGAAAGAGGCAGAGACUCGCUCCCUCCACAUGGGGUCAGAGGUCAGGGUCAGCCGCAGAACAGCGCCCCCUGCAGCUGGUAGGGAUUCAUCUUUUAUUGGAUGACUCUCCAGCAGGCGGACGGUUGCUGUCACGGAACCUGGGCCUUCCCACUCAUCACAUCACCCUGCUGCCAGUGUUACAUCCACAUUACUAAAACUCUUCUGUUAUAUGGACAUUGCUGAAUUAUUUCAUUUUAGCUGAGAGGAAGCAUCUUACCCAGAACUGCAAGUGAAACAAAACAAGAUGUCCAAGACUAGCCACUAAUAUUGAUUCUCGUGUUUUACACUGUCAGUAAGAAUGAUUUCAAAGGGAAUGAAAAUACACCUGUAUGAAUGAUGUUUAUAUAUUUGUUGCAGAACAAGAACACUAAAGAACAAUUAAACUAGAUAUAUUUACGAUUUUCUGGUUCUGUUUAAGUGUUUGCAGACCUAACAUGCUGCAGUCAUCAUUAUGUUUAGCAACCAAUCUCCACUUUUUACACACAUUACAAUUUUCAUCAAAGGUUCAUAACAUUAAAACGACAGCGAAAUCGCACUAUAUUUUCCAUGUGUUUUCAUAUUAAUCCCUGUUAUGAAGUUUACACCCUUUGUAAGCAAAUGAAUUUUUACUGGAAUACAUGAAGGUUGUAAAAACUAUGAAAGAAGUGAGGUUGAUGUGUGUUACUUUUCAAAAUCACAGACUUCCUCUGCCUGAUAUGAUGUCUAUAUCUGUGACAUAUUUUCUAAACAGUGCAGUGUUUCCUCUGCAUUUAUUUGCUGGUGUGUAACCACAACAAAGACAUUUCCACCAAUACACACACACCCACAAAAAUGUGAAAUUCAAAUUUGUAGUUUUGCCUCACAAGGUUUUAAAACUAAAAUAACUACAGUCAUAAUGUUUUCAUUUAAUUAAUUAUUUUAUUAUGAUUGCAAAACAUUUUUAUUACUGCAAUCCCGUCUUGAAACAUAAGACCCAAAUAUAGACAGAAAGAGGACAAAACUAGAAUUAUAAUCCUCAGCAUUGCAGCUGCACAAUCUGCACAAACAGAGGAAACACUGCAUUGCAUAUAACUGUCUACUAAGCAUUUACCAGUAGCCUCCAUAUCUCUAAACAUAGUGCUGUACAAUAAAAGAAUGAAUUUGGUAAUCACA